AUGACGUCAUUGAUUGGCACUCAUUCUGGAAAAUUCCAUUGUGAUGAGGCAUUCGCGUGCUUCAUGUUGAAACAACUGCCGAAAUUCAAAGAGCACGCGAUUUUGAGAACCCGUGACGCGUCUCAACUGGAAAAAUGCGACAUCGUCGUCGAUGUGGGCGGAGUCUUUGAUCAUUCGAAACAGCGAUACGAUCAUCAUCAACGCGGAUUCACCGAGACGAUGCGGACACUUGAAAAGUUGAAUUUCGAUACGAAAUUGAGUUCGGCUGGGCUCGUUUAUGCUCAUUACGGAAAGGAUGUCAUUAAUCAGAUCCUCGGCGGCAACGUCACCCCUUCAAUGGUCGAUCUCUUCUACCACCGUCUCUACGAGCAAUUCGUCGAAUCAAUCGACGCAAUCGACAACGGAAUCGCUCAAUACGACGGUGUCCCUCGUUACCACUCACCAGGCAAUCUCUCCGCCCGGACCGGACAAUUCAAUGCUCAUUGGAAUGAGCCGGAGAACGAUGCGGAUGAGAGAUUCGAGAAGGCGAUGGAAUUCAUUGGAGAGGAAUUUGUGAGAAGUGUCAAAUAUCUGGCGAAUGUCUGGUGGCCGGCUAGAGAAAUUAUCGAGACGGCUGUGGAGAAACGGUUUGAGAAUGACGCGUCUGGGAGGAUUAUUCUCAUUGAGAAUGGAGGAUGUCCGUGGAAAGAACACUUCUUCGAUAUUGAAGCCCAGAAGAAUAUUCGAGAUGAUAAUGUCACUUAUAUCUUGUUUUCAGACUCGACGAACGCCUCAUGGCGCGUCCAAGCGAUUCCAUCCGACAAGACAUCGUCAUUCGAGAAUCGUCAACCACUUCCAGCCGCGUGGCGUGGUCUCCGCGACGAUGAUCUCAGUAAGGAGAGCGGAAUCCCGGGUGGCGUCUUCGUCCACAUUUCCGGAUUCAUCGGAGGAAAUUUGACUCGCGACGGCGCACUGGCAAUGGCACGCAAGGCUUUGGAGAUUGGUGCUGGAGACGAGAAUCCGGAGGCGAAGAAACAGAAAAUGGAGAGCUAA